AUGAGUUCCGAGAGUGACUCAGAGUAUGACUCCGACGCGACCGUCAUCCCUGAGGAGGCGCCUGGAAACUGGAUUCUUCGGAAUCUACAGACAGUGACGGUUCGACGACUGGCCCAAUUCAACGAUACGACCGUCCCAGAGGGAAGCACCGCUGAAUCUCUUACGGCCCGUCGCAUGGAGAUCGCAAGACAGUUCAUCCAUCGUAUUGGGGAGCGGGCUAAUAUCCAGCCUCCCUUCUACGCCAGCUAUGGAUGCAACAUUGUGAUCGGAGACGAUGUCAACAUCAGCAGCGAUGUCUCCAUCUUUGACAGCGCCUUCAUCAUAAUCAGCCACCGUGUGAUUAUCGGAGCCGGCGUAUCCAUCUGCCCUGGCAUAAUUGCACGCAACACUGGCGGCUCCUCGACGCGUUCAAUCAACUUCCAGAACCUCGGCACUGAUCCGAGCACCGGCAUCCCCUACGGAAAUUCAAUCAUCAUUGAGGAAGAUUGCCGGAUUGAGCCCCGAGUUACAAUCAUGGAUGGGGUUCGAAUCAGAAGAGGUACUACUAUUGUUGCUGGCUCGGUGGUUACUAGCGACAUUGAGGCCAAUUGUCUGGCAGGUGGUAAUCCAGCCCAAGUUAUUUGCCGCUUCUAA